UUUUUUAGACAGAUAAAACUUUAUUUUGGUCAGACGCAGGGGCAGACUGACCAUUUGGGAACUCGGGCACUGCCCGAGGGCCCUGGGUCAGUAGGGGGCCCCAUGAGAUGCCUCUGGUACCUUUUCAUAGGCUUUUUUGGGUGUGGUUUGAUUGUGGGCGAGGACACAGGGGCCCCAUGAUCCCCUAUUGCCCGGGGGCUCCAUGAGUUGUCAGUCCGCCCCUGGUCAGGCAGGAAGUGGUUAAUCAUAAAGUGAUUUAGCUUUGUCUGUAGGUAGAAGCGGGGGUGUAUUUACCACAAGGCAAACAAGGCAUUUGCCUAGGGCAGCAUUAUGAGGGGGGGCAGCAC